GGAACUCGGUCGGCAGUCGGUCCUCUGGGAUCUAUUCAUUGUAAAUGCGUCCUCCAAGGUAGGUUUGCCUCUUCUCAUUCCUCAUCUCUCUCUUCUCUGCAAAGCUCGCAAUCAUGCGUCUCGAGUUGCCCUCUUCCAACGGACCAGCGCCGGAGGGAGACUCCAAGAUGGCCUCCCGUGCCUCGAGGAACCUCCCCUUCGGCCAGGCGCCGCCCCUGUCCUCGGUCGCGGGCCCUACCUACGUGACUGCCCAGAUUCUCGUCCAGCAGGUGGCAUAUGCUCUGUCCGACAAGAUCUUCUCCUACUCCCCGGAGACAUUUGACCUCGACGUCGCCGCAAAAUCCUGGGCAGAGGCGCAAGAGGCGAAUAUCAAUGGAUACACCACCGGGGUACAAGCCAUGCAGAUUCGGAAUGGAGCAGGAUCAAUCGCCCUCGGUUACAUGUUCUCCAAGGACUUCGACCUAAAGAAGAGGCAUAUCCCGCAAGGUCUCCUUGCCCCAACGUCGGCGCUGAAGUACUUGCGGCCCGUACUCGACCAGCUGUCUCUGCUCUAUUCUGUCAGCAACCCAUUCGUGGCUCAUGUGGCGGCACUCGACUACGAAGGCGACAAGAACGGUGGUCUGGUUUCGGAUUAUGUCUCUGCCUUGUCUGCUGCCGAAGAUCUGGGUCUGGCUUUGGUUGCUAGCCAAUCUGCAUAUGAGACACAGCAUAUGUCCCUGCUCGCCACUCUACUGGCUCACGACCUACCCACGCUACACGUCUAUGAUGGCCUGAGGGUUGGGCGGGAAACCACAAGGGUCAUCGACAUCCUAGACAAGUCAGGCUUGGGCAGCACAUACAGCUCGAUCCUCGCCUCAAUCUCGGAUGAGAACAGGAAGCAUUUGAGUGCCGAGGGUAAAGUCCUGAGAACUCUUCGGGCCCUUAAUGACGAGCUCGGCACGGACUACAAGCCAUUUGAGUAUUUCGGUCACGAACAACCCGAGGUCGUCCUAGUCUCGUUCGGCUCGGUCGAAUCUUCGCUCGCUGCACAGGCGGCCUCAGUCCUAGCCCAAACCGGUAGCAGGGUUGGAGCCAUCAAUGUUCGACUCUACCGACCGUUCGCGGAGGAACAGUUUUUGAAGCUCAUCCCCAAAGGCGUGAGAGUGAUCGGCGUCCUCGGCCAGGUCGUUGACUCGCAGGCUGUGCAGGAGGCUGGUGUUCAUUCCCGUCUAUAUGAGGACGUGCUUGCUGCUGUCUCGUAUGGAGUGACGACUCAUGACCACCCGGAAGUGCAAGAGCUGAAAUAUGCCCGGGCUGAGCGGUGGACACCGUCGUCCAUCUCGUCACUUUUCCAGAUGCUCCUGGGCAAGGCUGCUGAUGACCAGGGCAUUACUACAUUCUUGGACAACUCCGUCCAACGGUACACUUUCUGGAAUAUCGAUGAUGCGCCAUCUGCAUCUGCGGCCACCUACCUGGCUGAAGCUCUAGCCACCGAAUCGGCGCAGAACGUUACCGUGAAUACCACCCACGACAACUCCAUACAGGGAGGUAUUCACAGAGUCGAUAUUCGAAAAUCCCCUCGAAGCCUCGACGCUGCAUAUCCCGUCACUUAUGCCAAUACUGCUGUGGUCACGGACGUCAAGCUGUUGGAGCAAAUCGACGUAGUUCAAUCGGUCCAACAAGGUGGCAGCAUUAUUCUGCUAUUACCAGGUGUCAAAGAUGAGGACGUCGAGAAGAAACUCCCCGCAGCAUUCAAGAGAUCGAUCGCUGCAAAGGGAGUCCAUCUGUAUCUGAUCAACCCAGCCAACACUGCUCUCUCCGCCGAAACCCCCGAGUUCGAAUCGCUGAUACUUCAAGUCGCGUUUGUCCGGGUCGCAUUGCGAAAGUCCGAGGAGAUAGGUCUGCAGAAGCUGGCAACUAUCCACAACGAUCUCGAAACCCUCAAACAAGUGGCGGCUGACCUCGAGAAGACUCUGCGCCAGAUCGAGGUACCAAAGGAAUGGGCAGAAUUGGAAGACGCCAAAUCAACACUGCCCACAAACAUCUCCCCGAACAGUCUUAUCUCCUUCGACAAGACAGAAGAGGAGCCACCGUCUCUCCUUCGCAGCUGGCAAAAGGCGGCCAAAGGACUUCUCUUCAAGGAAGCUUACAACGCCUCAAGCCUCCUUCGACCUGACCUGCCGGUGAAGACUUACACUGUCCACGUCAAAGAAAACCGUCGCCUGACGCCGCUGACCUACGACCGGAACAUAUUCCACAUUGAAUUCGAUCUCGGCAGCUCCGGCCUCAAGUACGACAUCGGCGAGGCUCUCGGCAUUCACGCCGAGAACGACCAUGAUCAAGUCAUGGAGUUCAUCAAAUGGUACGGCCUCAACGCCGAGGAUGUCGUGGAGGUCGCUUCGCGCGACGACCCCAGCGUUUUUGAGAACCGCACCAUUUACCAAGCGCUCAUGCAAAACGUCGACAUAUUCGGCCGCCCGCCCAAGAAGUUCUACGAAGCGCUGGCGGAGUUUGCGGACGACGAGAACGAGAAGAAGAACCUGCUGACGCUGGCCGGACCGGAAGGUUACAAGGAAUUCCAGAGAAGGGCCGAAGUCGACACGGUCACGUUCGCGGAUGUCCUGCUCGAGUUCCCGUCCGCACACCCGUCGUUCCACGACAUCGCGCGGAUCGUCUCGCCGAUGAAGCGUCGGGAAUACUCGAUCGCCUCCUGCCAAGCCGUGACUCCGACCUCGGUCGCGCUCAUGGUCGUCGUGGUCAACUGGGUUGAUCCCAAGGGCCGCGACCGCUUCGGGCAGGCCACGAAGUACCUCUCCGCCCUCAGGGUCGGCGCUCCCGUGACGGUCAGCGUCAAGCCGUCCGUCAUGAAGCUGCCUCCCAAGUCGACCCAGCCGAUCAUCAUGGCGGGUCUGGGCACGGGCCUGGCGCCGUUCCGGGCCUUCGUCCAGCACCGCGCGAUGGAGAAGGCGCAGGGCAAGGACAUUGGCUCGGUCCUGCUGUACAUGGGCUCGCGCCACCAGCGGGAGGAGUACUGCUACGGCGAGGAGUGGGAGGCCUACCAGGCCGCGGGCGUCAUCACCUUGCUCGGCCGCGCCUUCAGCCGGGACCAGCCGCACAAGAUCUACAUCCAGGACCGCAUGCGGCAGACCCUCGACGACAUCGUCGAGGCCUACAUCAAGCAGGACGGCGCCUUCUACCUGUGCGGCCCGACCUGGCCCGUGCCCGAUGUCACCAACGUUCUCGAGGAGGCCAUCGCAAAGGACGCCAAGGCCAACGGGGUCAAGAAGAUCGACACGGCCCGGGAGAUCAUGAAGUUGAAGGACGAGGGAAGAUAUGUGCUAGAGGUGUACUAAAUGGCAAUUUUUUUUUUAUUUCAAAAAGUUCCGGCGCAAGCUUCGGAUGGGGUUUGACGCGUGAGCGAAUGCAUAGAUAGCGCACCGCAUAGAGCCGGUUUAUGCAAUCAAUAAGCUGAACAUCUUCACGAAAA